UCCCCAGUUCCUCUAGACCACAAUAAUGAUCCCGUGUGUCCUUUGCUUCCCCAGGAAGGACAGCAGCAUGGCCAGCGUGCUGUCCCGGCGCCUCGGAAAGCGGUCCCUCCUGGGAGCCCGGGUGCUGGGCCCGGCCCUGGAGCCUCAGGCCGAGCUCCUGGAGGGGGCAUCUUCCCAGCCUGGCCUCGCCUCAAAGGACUCUUACCGCCCGGAACAGCCCAAGGAGGUCCUCAGGGCCCCCUGCCCCUCAGGCCUGCCCGCCGUGGCCUUUCAACCUGGGCAGAAGGUCUACGUGUGGUGUGGCGGUCAGGAGUGCGCGGGCCUCGUGGAGCAGCACAGCUGGCCGGAGGACAAGGUGACCGUCCGGCUGUUGGAGCAGAUGUCGCAGGUGUGCUGCAGAGCCGAGGAGGUGUGGCUGGCCGAGCUACGGGCACCGGCCCCGGAGCUGGGGGCCCAGGCACCCGCCUACAGGCCUGUUUCUAGGAACAUCGACGUCCCCAAGAGGAAGUCAGACGCGGUGGAGAUGGACGAGAUGAUGGCGGCCAUGGUGCUCACCUCGCUGUCCUGCAGCCCAGUGGUGCAGAGUCCCCCCGGGGCCGAGGCCAGCUUCCCAGUGUCCCGAGCGGCCUGCGACCUGUGGAAGGAGAGCGGUGACGUGUCGGACAGUGGCAGCAGCACCACCAGCGGGCACUGGAGCGGGAGCAGCGGGGUCUCCACCCCCUCGCCCCCACACCCCCAGGCCAGCCCCAAGUAUUUGGGGGAUGCCUUUGGUUCUCCCCAAACCGAUCAUGGAUUUGAGACCGAUCCGGAUGCUUUCCUGUUGGAUGAACCAGCUCCACGGAAAAGAAAGAACUCGGUCAAGGUGAUGUACAAGUGCCUGUGGCCAAACUGUGGCAAAGUGCUGCGCUCCAUCGUGGGCAUCAAGAGGCACGUGAAGACCCUCCACCUGCGGGACACUGUGGACUCCGACCAGUUCAAGCGGGAGGAGGAUUUCUACUACACCGAAGUGCAGGUGAAGGAGGAAGCCGUGGCCGCUGCCGUGGCCCCCGCCGACUCGGUGCCUGUCCCCGGCAUGACCAGCCCGCCCCCGGCCAUCCUUCCGCCGCCGCCGCCCAAGGCCCAGUGCUCAGGGGCGGAACACCCGGGCCUGGAGUCCUACCUGUCCUCAGGUGCCCUGAGCAGGUCAGCGCCUGGCUCCUUCUGGCACAUUCAGGCCGACCACGCCUACCAGGCUCUGCCGUCCUUUCAGAUCCCCAUGUCACCCCACAUCUAUACCAGUAUUAGCUGGGCUGCCGCCCCCUCCACAGCCUCCUCCCUCUCUCCGGUCCGGAGCCGGUCGCUCAGCUUCAGCGAGCCCCAGCCGCCGCCGCCUGCCACGAAGUCUCACCUGGUCGUCACGUCUCCUCCCCGGGCCCCGAGCAGCGCCAGGAAGGCCCGCGGAGAGGCCAAGAAGUGCCGCAAGGUGUAUGGCAUUGAGCGCAGGGACCAGUGGUGCACUGCCUGCCGCUGGAAGAAGGCGUGCCAGCGCUUCCUGGACUGAGCCGCCGGGGCCGCGCCCCCGUGGGCCUCGGGGGCCUCGGGGGCUCGGCUCUGUUAGCUGAGCGUCAGCAGGUCGAGGCGGCCCCCUCCCGGCGGAACUUUUUUCAUGAAAAGCAGCGCGAUGGUUUUUCCCCUAAGGUGGGCGAGCAAGCCGCGGCUGACCCAGGGUAUCCUGCGCACCAGAGACCAAAGAAUCGACGACACCCCGCCCCCCGCCCGCGCCUCUCCAGGGGUUCGCUCGUCCGUAAGCGCCCAAGAGGGACCAGCUCACCCUCUGCCUGCAGAGCCGGGGAGUUCUGCCUUCUCGGCUCCCCCAGAAGGGACGUGAGCAAGAUGAAUUUACUUUUCUUGAAAAACCAACAAAACACAGAAACGCAGGUUUCCGGCUGACUCGGAGCAGGCCCGUGGGGAUGGGGCGGGCGGAGCGGGGUGCCUGCUUGUCUUGUGGGGUGCGGUGGCCCCUCUCGCCCGCCUGCGUGGGGGGAAGAGAGCCCUGGCCUGGUCCGAGCUGCUUCCGCGGAAGCAGAAGGAAAGCCCCCUCUUGGCGACGGCUGCUUGAGCCUGGUUCUCUGACACCGGGGCACCCCAGCGAAUAUUGCCAGGCUCUUCGCCGAGCCCGAGGAGGCCUUUGAGCCCAGCCGGGCAGGAGGGGCUCGUGGGUUCAGACACUACUUGCGCCUUCUCGCUCCGCCCCUGGGGCUGGGGGUGGGAGUCCAGACCUCAAGCUCCGCCCGCCCAAACCCCUCACUCGACCUCCCCCAGUUCCAGAGCGACCCCUCUGGCGCUUGGCUGUCUCUUAGGGUAUCCGAAGCUUCUCUCUGAUUAAAAUUCCCUUUCACUCGGCACCCUGGAGACCUGGGAUGGUCCUUUUGGGUUUACCGAGACCUUCCUUGUUUCCACCCCGAGGCUGCCGUGAGCUGGUGUGGGGGAGGGAGAGAGAAGCGAACCCCUGGAAAGGUCAGCGGCAGCUGUCCCCCGUUACCAGGGAGUUGAGGGCUCUCCCGCCGCUUGGGGACCCCCUGGCUGGACUGGACUCUGCAUCCUUGCCAGCGUGGGGUGGGGGUGGAUUCCUGCGUGGCCAUCCAGCGUCAGUGUUGAGGGUCGGUUGGAGGUGGUGACCUGGGUUCUUGCUUGAGGGCAGACAUGAGGCAAGGAGGGGCUGGGGGAGGGCUUGCCCCUCCUGGCCCUGCAGACCCGUGUGUGUCUGACCGGCGGGAGUGGAGAGGCAGCGGGGUCAGGCGGCCGUGGCAGAGAGCCAGGCUGCCUGCCAGAAGCGGGGACGUGGGGCUGGGUGCCGCCGGCCGGCCGGCCAGCUGGACCCUGGGGCCCCUCGCCUUCCCUGACGGGGACUGGUCUGGGGGCUCCUUGGUUCCUCGUUACCUGCUUGAGCGCUUCCUAGAGCCUCGUCUGAAGCCCACGAGCCCGUCUCCGGCGGUGGGUGUGCCCCCUGCACCCCUGGUUCUGAUGGGGGCCAUCGGCCGUGGGAGGUGACAGCGAAGGCGGUGUCUGGUGGUGGCCUUUGUUUAGUGACUUAGCUGGAAAAGCACAUUUGGGAUUCUGUGCCCUGGGCCAGCUGGGGGUGGCCCCGUUCUCCGGCCCUCCCACCUCCUGAGAGUGCCGAGGCCUUAACAGUGAGGGGUGCGGUCAGCCUGCGAGAGCGGGGCGGGGGUCCCCUGCAGUAAGGGGUGCAGUCAGCCUGCGGGGCGGG